AUGGCCACGCAUGGAACAAAAGAGAAAGAGGCAAAAGAUACUGUUGAUAAAGCGCUAGAGUUAAAGAACGCAGCCGAAAGGGAAAGAGAUGAGCACCGGCGACUACGUGACCAAGCAGAAACCUCAAGAUCAGAAGCACUGCAUCAAAUAAAUGAGUUGCAACGACAGCUGGAUAAUUUAAAAAAGGAACAGCCAUCAACUUCUCACCAAGCUCGAAUCGAUGCUGCAAUUGAAGAAAAAGAAAAGGCAGAACGAGAGCGUGACGAAGCUAAUUCUGCAAGGGAUUUGGAAAUCCGGAAACUAAGGGAUGCGAAAAACGCUAAAACUACGGCUGACGAAAAAUUACAAGAGCAAGAAGGCAAGUUAAAACUUGACGUAGAAGAUUUAAAGGAGACGAUUAAGAAAGUAAAACGAGAUGCGGAAAAGGGAACAAAGGACGCUAUCGAUAAGUUACAGCAAACGUUAACCGCAGGGAAAUCUAUUUUAACCACAGCCCAUUCAGAUGAAGAUGAAUAUAGUGUACCAUUGGGGGCACCAAUGGGGGCACCAAUG